CCUUCCCGCGUGACAUGUGCUUGAGUUGCAGUGGAAAGGAAAUGUGUCAUCUGUGGUUUGGUUUUCAAAGUGGAAAGCUAGCUGUACGCAUCCUCUUAAAAAACUGCAGAUUUCAGUUUCCUAGUCUCCAAACUCCUCUACUUUAAGUAAGAAAAGAAGAAAAGAAGUGGUUUAUUAAAUAAAGAUUGUGACAGAGCACUAAAGAUACCAGUGUACCCGUGGGCAUGGAGCACACAGGACAGUACCUUUAUCUUGUUUUCCUCUUGACAACAGUGUGUUCCUUGUCUCCAGGAACAAAAGCAAACUACACACAUCUGUGGGCUAACAACAGCACUGCUUGGGGCUCUGUUAAUCAAAACAGCACUAGCAGACAUCAAAGGGAGAAGAGCACAGCCCCUGCAACCCCGGCAGCAGCGGAUCACAGAGUGAGUUCUACAGACACGCUGGUACCAUCUCCCACUGUGUCUGCAGCCCCUACAUCUACACCGAAGCCCCCCGGACCCCAUGUCUUCAGAAACAGCUCUCCAACCACAGCGAUCGUUGACAGCACAAGCAAGAGGCAGGGGGAAACUUUUCAAAAGGAUGUCUGUGAGGAAAACAAUAGCAACAUGACCAUGCUGAUUUGCUUAAUUGUAAUCGCUGUGCUUUUCCUUAUCUGUACUCUUCUAUUUCUAUCAACUGUGGUUCUGGCAAACAAAGUCUCAUCUCUCAGAAGGUCAAAACAAGCAGGCAAGCGCCAGCCUCGGAGCAAUGGUGACUUUCUGGCAAGCAGCGGGCUCUGGACUGCUGAAUCGGACACUUGGAAAAGAGCGCAAGAGCUCACAGGCUCCAAGCUCCUGAUGCAAUCUACUGGUGUGCUCACAGCUACCAGGGAAAGGAAGCAUGAAGACGGAACUGAAAAACUCAACUAGGCCACGCGUUUGGAAAGGGAAAUGCAAAGCAGCAAUGGGGAAGGCUGGGCUGAAAAUAAAGCUGGCUGCUGGUGUUUCACACCAAUGUUUGUUCACAAGUCUGAUCAAAAAAUCUGACGUGCUGAAGUUACUUAAAACUGCAUUUCUGUUUCACACUUCGUAUAUUUUAAAAAGUAAAUAAAACAACAGCAGCUGAAGAAACUAACAGAAAUAACAAGAGGUAACUAAAUACUCCUGUUCAGCAAUAGGUGACCUCUGUCUGAAUGUACUUGAAUUGGACGAGUUCUAUUAAGUCCUUAGAGCCAAGCAGAUGCCAUAAUGCCUAGAAGUCAAGUUCCUGAUAUGUAGAAUUGAACUGUGUAAUGCAAUAGUACGUUCUCACUGGAUAAGGUAGAACCCAUACAUACCAGUUUGUAUCUCAGCACAGCUAACGUUAGGCUAUUUCUCUUUACCUUUACAUAUGGCACAAGACAAAGUGCUUUGCUACUAUAAAUAAUAAAUUAAAACUUAAAUUUUGUACAAUAAAUGAAAGCUGACCAUGUAUCUUGCAUUUAUGCUGUCCUAGAAUAUAUUAUAAAAAUAAGAAAA